AUGGCGCGCCAGACAGACGACCAUGCUAAUGAAGGGCCCUGGGACCCCCCGCGGCUGUCUCCCAUCAUGGCCUCCCGACAAGUCGACGUCUCCAGCCCUCGCGGCAGAGAUGCCGAGACUGGCCAUGUUCGCGACUUUGCGAGCCUGGCCAACCUCGAAUCCCCCGUCAUGCAGCCCCUGAGCAGGCGUCCCACCAUCGAGUCGUCCCGUCGGACGGUGUCCCCUCCCAACUCCGUCAAGGCCUUCGCCAACGCCCGCCGACGAGGACAGGAUGCCGAUGUGCACGACGCAAGACCAGGCCGUAGACAGCUGGGCGACCCGAAUGAUGAGAAGGAGGACACGGGCCCGGAGAAGCGCACUGGCGGCGGUCCUCCCCGUAGUGUCAUCAGCCGGCUGGACGUCCCCGAUGUUCAACGUACCUACGACCGGGUUGCCGUGGUCAAGUUCUUGGGGGAGACGAGCAAGCGCGAAAACCCGAGGGAUGGACUUGACAUCGACUUUGAAUGUCUCCAGACCCUGAUCGACUCGGAGGACCGUGACCGCUUCGCCGACCCCGACUUUGGCAAUCUCCCCGACAGCUCCAUCCCGACCGUCGUGCCCAUGUUCACUUCCGACGGUGACUACAUCGACAUGCCGUCCGAGCCGGUUUCGGACUCGGGCGACAAGGAGACCGGAGCCCACGGGCGGCCGCCGCCGACGCGGCCCAGGAUCGUCCACCAGGGCGAGCAGAGCCGCUUCAACUUCUUCUCCUCCGCGCUGGAGUCCACCAUCCACGCCGCCGAGUUCGGCGACCUCGUCCUGCCGGAAGAGAACAUCAGGUCUCUGUUCGACCUCCCCCCCGAGGGCGAGUCCGACGGCGUCUGGUGGCUCAACAUGAACAGCCCGAGCGGCAGCGAGGUCUGGACCAUCUGCAAGGCGUUCGGCAUCCACCCCCUCACCAUCGAGGACAUCAUCCACAAGGAAAGCCGCGAGAAGAUCGAGCUCUUCCCGUCCUACUACUUCGCCUGCUUCCGGUCCUUCACCGUCGUCGAGGAGGACGGCGAGAUCGACUACCACCCCUUCAACGUCUACGUGGUCGUCUUCAAAGAGGGCAUCAUCAGCUUCAGCUUCACGUCGAACAUGCAUGCCUCGCGGGUCCGCUUCCGCAUCUCUCAACUCAAGGAGCAGGUGUCUCUGAGCAGCGACUGGAUAUGCUACGCUCUGAUCGACGACAUCGUCGACUCGUUCGGCCCGGCCAUCAACCAGAUCGAGCACGAGGCCGACGCCAUCGAGGACCAGGUCUUCAUCACCCGCGUCGAGGACAACCAGGCCUUCCUCCGCAAGAUCGGCUACACCCGCAAGAACGUCAUGAGCCUCAUGCGUCUGCUCGGCGGCAAGGCCGACGUCCUCCGAGCCUUCACCAAGCGCUGCACCGAGGACUACGAGGUCACGCCGCACAUGGACAUCGCCCUGUACCUCGGCGACAUCCAGGACCACGCCGUGACCAUGAUGAAUAGCCUGGUGCACUUCGACACGAUGCUCUCGCGCUCCCACAGCAACUACCUCGCCCAGCUCUCCAUCGACAACAUCGACAUGGGCAACCGCACCAACGAGUUCCUGAGCCGCGUCACCGUCAUCGCCACCGUCAUCGUGCCCCUCAACGUCAUCUGCGGUCUCUUCGGCAUGAACGUCAAGGUGCCCUGGGGCGAUGACCAGAACCUGAACGCCUUCUUCGGCAUCCUGGGCGGCAUCCUGGCCUUUGCGCUUCUCUCUGUGAUUCUGGCUCGCCGGUUCAAGUAUCUGUGA